AUGCCUCGUCGAAGACCUCCAGCACUGAGUCUCGGCAAUGCUCUCUUUNGCAUAUUUGUAUGGCUGCCCCUCAUAGCCACUGCUCAGCAGCAGCAGUCCGCAGGCAAUGCCAACAACAUCCGCAAACGCCCUUCCCUCGGUAACGCGCGCUCGUCGCCAGAACUGAGAUCCACCCACAAACACCUUAAAGACACCGCAAUCGACCCUUCAAUUGAGCGCGCCCUUGCGACUUUUGCUCCAGCCGAGUCUAUCCCGGCCGUCCGAGCACCUCCUGCACGAUCAUCGGCCUCAUCCGGUGGUCUUUCUUCGCGACACCCGGCGCGGUCUCUGCAGGAUUGGCAAGUCGAGGAUAUCAUUCUCCUGGCGACCGUUGAUGGAAAAUUACACGCAAGAGACCGCAGAACCGGCGCUCCCAGAUGGGAGAUCGAGGCCGACAAGCCCAUGAUCGAGACCGUCUACCACCAUAACGACUCAGAUCCGGACGCUCAGCCUGAGACCAGCCUCAUCUGGAUUGUUGAGCCUUCUCAAGAUGGAAGUCUCUACGUCUACUCCUCUGAGCCACAGACCGGCAUGCAGAAACUCGGCUUGUCUGUCAAGCAACUCGUCGAAGAACUUUCUCCUUACGCUGGUGAAGACCCGCCGGUGGUAUAUACCGCCGACAAGAAAAACACACUUUAUACAGUCGACGCAUCCAAUGGCAAAGUACUCAAGAUGUUCAGCUCGGGCGCAUCAACUUUCAACAACGACCAGAAUUGUCGCCGGGUCAACGGUCUUGGUUCUCUUGAGGACAACGAAUGCGAAACUAUCGGCACUCUUACAUUGGGCAGAACAGAUUACACCGUAUCCAUCGCAGACAAGUUGAGCGGCAACCCCAUCUGCACCAUUCGCUACUUCGAGUGGGGACCCAACAACCGCGACAAAGACCUGCACAACCAAUAUGCCUCGACUAUGGACAGCAAAUAUAUAUACACACAACAUGAUGGUAGUGUGGUCGCUGUUGAUUAUAGGGAAACCAAUCGUUUCGGCAAUGCUAUCCUAUACAAGCAAAAGUUCUCUUCGCCAGUAGCCCGCGUCUACGAUAUCGUCAGACCACUUGAUGAAGAAAUCCUGGAUGCUUCGCUUGUCCUUCUCCCACAGCCUAUUGGCCCUGCUGGUGAUGACACAAUCGAGCAGGACAAGGUAUUUGUCAACUGCACCGAGUCCGGCAGCUGGUAUGCUAUGUCGGAGCUCAGAUAUCCCACCGUCACUGACGGCGCUUCUAACGCCGUGUGUUACACCCAAGGAUAUGCGCUACCUGUAGGCACUUUCAACCCGGCCAAGCAAAGAGCAAGUCUGGUCGGCAUACAUCCUCUCCACCCAUUGAGUCAGGACCAGAGUGAGAUCCUUACCAUCGGCGGACCUGACCAGUCGCUUGGUUCACCUAAUGCCUACAACACCGACAAUGCUCAAGUCAUGCUACCCAAUGUAUCAAAUCCUUGGGCAGGUAUCUCAUCAUCAUCAGGCUUGAUUGGCUUGCUUGCUUUGAUUGGACUUUUUGCCAUCGUGUCCCGAUGGGUCGACGUGCAGAAAGUUAUACAACGCCAAGCUUCUGAUCCCGUCAAGAUCAGAGAGGCGCCUGUUCCUGUGACUUCCGGGCCGAGUGAAACUAUUCCUGGCCAGGAUGAUGCCUCUUCCCUAGCCGAGUCUGUUGACCGUAAGGUUCGCUUCCCCGAACCUGCGGAAGAGACUAUCUUCCCACAAGGAGAACAGGAAAAAGCAAAGGGAUCGACAUUGUCCAAAGAAACGCUAAUUGAGGUCAAGGUCGACUCACCCACUCGUGCCUCUACUCCAGUUCCGCCAGAAACAGACAAACCCGCCGAAGAGCAAACGCCUGUCAAGCCCAAGAAGAAGGCGACCCGCGGUGUCAGAGGCGGCAGAAAAGCGAAAGAGAAGAAGGAGCAACUCGAAGCGCAACAGCGCCGUCGCGAGAAUAGUCAAAGCAACAGCGACAAGGAAAGCAAUGGUGCACUUGCCACACCUGUUCCCAAGCCUCUCUCCAAGAUUGACAAGAUCGAUGGCAUGGAUGUCAUCAGUGUCGAUGCUUCUGAGAGCCCCAACGUGUCUGGCAAGAUCCAAAUCAACAACCUCACCAUUGACACAGAUCGUAUCAUUGGCCAUGGAAGUGCCGGUACCUGCGUGUUCGAGGGUAAGUUUGAAGGCCGCGACGUGGCAGUCAAACGUAUGCUUUCGCAGUAUUACGAGUUGGCUUCCCAGGAAGUUUCGUUCCUUCAACAGAGUGAUCAUGACAAAAACGUCAUUCGCUAUUACUGUCAACAGAAGGACCAGCAUUUCCUGUACAUCGCCGUCGAACUCUGUCAAGCAAGUUUGUGGGAUCUUUUCAACCUCCCCGAUGUUCGUGAGGAAGCCCGCUAUCAGCAACUCCAGUCACUGGCUCAAGCUGUUCAGCGUGAUGCUCGUGGCGCUCUCUAUCAGCUUGCGAAAGGACUUUAUCAUCUUCACGAUCUUCGCAUCAUCCAUCGGGAUAUUAAGCCUCAGAAUAUUCUCAUCGCCUUCCCCAAGCCGAACAAGCCCAACGAGCUUCGCCUAGUCAUCUCGGACUUUGGUCUGUGUAAGACCCUCCCAGAGAACGUCAGCACUCUGAUCGACCCUACAAGCAACGCCGGCACAUGCGGAUGGAAGGCUCCAGAGCUUAUCUCCCAGCCCAAGGAUGCGGCCUCUAACAACGGCCACAGCAACAUUUCACAUCCCGGCACCAGCGAGAGCUCUUCUGGCGGGACAAUGGGAGGUGUUAAGCGAGCAGCGGACAUCUUCUCUUUGGGAUGCCUGUUCUUCUGGGUUCUAACUGGAGGUGACCAUCCUUACGACGACAAGGAAGGCUGGAUGCAGAUGCGCGAACUCAACAUAAAGAAGAAUAACCUUCAGAACAUGCACAAACUCGACCUGGGCUCCGACAGCGAAGAGCCACGCCAACUGAUCACUGCAAUGCUGGCUCACAGCCCCGAAGACCGCNCCUCGGCCCUUCAAGUUCUCUGUCACCCAUUCUUCUGGUCACCCAAGAAACGCCUCGAUUUCCUCUGCGAUGUUUCCGAUCACUUUGAGCACGAACCCCGCGACCCACCCUCGCCUCACCUCUGCUACCUCGAAUCCUACGCCGACAUGGUCAUCUCUCCCAAAGCAGACAAGGACUGGCAACGCAAGCUCGACAGAAUGUUCCUGGACACACUCGGCAAGCAGCGCAAAUACAACGGCGCCAAGAUGUUGGAUUUGCUUCGCGCACUGCGCAACAAGAAAAACCAUUACGAGGAUAUGAGUGCGGAUGUCAAGAAGAGGGUUGGAUCGCUUCCUCAUGGGUAUUUGGAGUACUUCACCACGAGGUUCCCGACGCUGUUGAUGGCUUGUUUUUGGGCGAUCAAGGAUUGUAGGGUGGAGACUAAUGCGAGGUUUAGGACUUAUUAUAGUAUUGAGCAUCAGGAGUGA